AUGUGGAGACCGCAGCAGGAUUGGGCCUAUGUAGAGAUCACCAAGAGAGGUGAGGGCAAGUAUUAUGUGGAUAGAAGCAUGAGCGGCUAUUUCUGGCUCCAGGGUGUGGACAGGUCGCUACAUCGAGUGGACGUGGUGUGGCGCCAUAGCCGUCUUAGCUCCGAUUAUGCCCUCAACAAGUUUCGUGAGAACGCAGCCGCCAAGGGCCAAACCGCCGAGGAAAUAGAAGCCAAGGUCGAGGUGGAAGAGGUCAACUACAGGGAAAUGUUUCAGGAGGCCUUUAUCUGCUACUGGGACAAUGACAAGCGCAAGAAAGUGGUUGGGCCAAAAGACAAGCUUCGCGUGUUGCUGCAGUUCUCUUGGUGUGAUGGCUACUGCCAGUUUGUGCUGAGGAAAGAGCAGGCUGAUGGGACCACUGACAGCCAUGAUCUCAAAAACGAAGAUGCUGAAGAGGAGGGCGAGGACGAGGACGAGGACGAGGAUGAGGACGAGGACGAGGACGAGGACAAGGACGAGGACGAGGACGGGGAGGAGCUGUGA